AUGCUGUGCUACCGUGCUGCAGAUGCUUUCAUCCAGUUCGUCUCCCCUGCGCGGGCACCGUCUGUGCCCCGAGCCGCCCUAGGCAGCUCGGUAGAUGAAGACGCCGCCGCCAAGGGGGAGUGGCGCUUAAAGGUGGCUCAUGCUGUGGACGUUCUUCAGGAGGAUGUUCCGCUGCUCUUUGCCUCCUACAAUGGAAUGGGAGGCCGGCUUCCAGACUUCUCCAUAUACAGCCCAGAGAUCAACUUUGUUGAUGAGAGGGCCCCCAGCUUGGCGGUGCAGGGCCUGCCGAUGUACAGGAAUUUUCUAGCCGCGCUGCGGUGGUCCAUCCGGUCCAUGUUCGACGAGAGCAAACUGGAGAUCACUGCCAUGGGCAAGACGCUUUUAGACGGUAAGUUGUCCAUACGAUGGCGGCUGCACUUGUGGCCAAAAGGAGUCAUGACUCAUGCCCUAGACUUCUUGGCUCCGGCACUCCAAAGCUGGGGCUUUCACUUGCGGGAUCCCGACCAUUUGGAAGCAACAGCCAUAGUGGAAGGAUACUCCAACUACGAGUUUGAUCCCUGGACCGGGUUGAUCACCAAGCACACGGUGGACAUCAAGAAUCCGCCCCUUUUCAUCACCGACCUUUUGCGGCAGUACUCCGCCAGUGAGGUGAAAGCCUCCCUGCCCUAUGGGCUGCCACUGCGGUUUCAGGCAGAUGCCCUCCCACAGAAUGCUGGUGCCCUCGCUGGAGCCACUCUGCGAGGGGAAUCCCGACGCUCCACCACCGCACGCACUGCCAAGGCCAGCGGCAAGGAGUGGUCAUUCCCUCAGAGCUGCGAAGAUGACUUUGAAUGCAAUGGAGGCACUGCGAACUUUCCGUUGCAGUGCUGUGAGUUGCCGCUACUUGGUAAAUUCUGCUGCAAGCCUCCAGACGACGAUGUGCAGCCGGAUUCCAAAGAUGCUUGA